AUGUAUCAUCCAUCAUACCUGGUACAUGUAGACGGUCGCGUCCAAAAGAAGAGUUACAACAUCACCCAUUGCGUCAGUCAAAAACCUGACCGUCAGGACAUCCUAAAUCACAUGACAAAUCGCAAAUAUAAAAUUUCCAAACGACAGAAAUGCAGAGUGAGAAACCGAAAAAUGGGAAGGUCCUAUGCUGUAGUGUGCGCGAGCAAUCAAAAUCGUAGUAUGGAGGCUCAUCAUGUGUUGGCUAAGUGCGGGUUUCAAGUAAGUUCGUACGGAACUGGUUCAGCCGUGAGACUUCCAGGACCUAGUAUCGAAAGACCAAACAUUUAUCCCUUCGGAACGCCUUACGAUUACAUGUAUCAAGAUCUAUUGAGUAAAGAUCCUAAAUUAUACAAGCAGAAUGGAUUGUUGGAUAUGUUGGAUAGAAAUCGCAAGAUCAAACUGGCUCCGGAGCAAUGGUCGACUAAUGCGAAAGAUGAUUUUGACGUAAUUAUAAGUUGCGAAGAAAGAUGCUUUGAUGUUAUCUGUGAAGAAUUGACGGAAAGAGGAGAAUCUCGAAACAAACCGGUUCACAUCAUAAACAUCGAUAUAAAAGACAAUCACGAAGAUGCAAUGCUCGGAGGUCGAGCUAUAUUGCAACUUGCACAAAUGAUUGACAGCGAGCAAGUUACGGAUCUGGAUGAGGAGAUGCCCAAUAUUUUACAAGAAUGGCAAGGAAAAUACAAAUAUGAUAUAUUUCAUU